AUGCGAAGUGAUCAUGGUCCCAUCCUUGGUCGCAUCCACCAGGGUGCAGUCAUGUAUGACGGCUGUACCAUUGCUUGUCCCGGUCAGAUGGAGCACUUUGGUUGUUGUGUUCACGAGAAAGCCAAGACCGUGACUGGCGUGGACCCAUACUUUGUCACACCAAAUGGUUUCAGAGUCCCCAUGGCCAUGCACAAUGGACUUCCCCCACACCCGUGGGACCCCUCGUGCCUUGAUUCGGUCCCGUCCGAUGAUUGGUAUGACACCCAAAGUACUACCGUCCUUGACGAUGCAGAUUCCCCUUUAGACAGCUUGGGCAGACUCAAGACUUUGGAUGACGAUGCCCUGACCCCCUCUCGUCCCACCCCCAAGCAGUCCAUUGAUCGCCGCAGUAUUAUCGCUGCCAUGGCUGACCUUGUCAAAGACGAUCUGGUCCCUGCCUGUGCUGAUGAUGUCCCCGCCCUCUUAUCCCGUCAGUGCCAUCAUUAUGACUCCAGCUCCGACGAUGAUUCUGACCUUGAGGAUGACGCUGACGUUGCAGCCCUCUGA